CCUUAUAAUUUGUGUUUACAUGCCACAACCACUGGAAAAAAAUACGGAAAAUUACACAUUAUUUAUUAGAUUAUUACCCACCAUACUACAGCAAACUCAAACAAGUGUAGUCUGAGACCCUCGCAACUGUGUCUGUUGAUCAUUGUUUAUUGCUCUGCUAAAGAUGAAGAGGCACUUGGUCUUAUUUUAAAAUAAGGUCAAUUCUCUUUGUGACCAGGUUGCAGAAAAUGUGGCAAAUUUUUUUUCCGUAAAAGCAGUCUCAUGUUAGACCUUAAAACAAAAUGAGACUUUCUUGAGUGAGGAUCAAUGUGACAUCAUGGGUAACAAGAAGUGCCCAUAAGUUAACUAUCUAGCUACCAUGAAUUGUCUCACAUAUAAGAGACAGAGGACUGAAAAUGGUGCGAAAUAAGAAGGGGAUUAAAAUAUGACAAGAUUUACUUCAGUUUGCACUUAAAUAAGCAUGUGGAAGGCAGUUUUAUGAUGAAAAGCUUCACAAUGGACUGGAACCCCUACUAGGAAGGUGGUGCUUCUUGACAGUGGAACAGCAAGACUUAAUCCAUUCACCAUUGAGUGGUACGAGCACACCACUUCCUCCAGCACCUUCACAGACCGAGAUGAGGAAGGCAAGUUUACACGAGGCUUCCAUUAGGGAAGAUUACCUGUACUUGUCUGGAAAAAGUUCUGAACGGAGACACACUGUCAGUGUUCCCAGCCAUUCCCAUGGUGGUGCAGGUGACUUGGGCCGUGUUCCCAUGGGUAGGCCACGGCCCCUGCCCUUCCCACCAUACAACAUGCAGGGGCUGAAAAUGGAUUUCGGUGGCCUUGGGGCCCACCACUGCACCCCGUCAAUGGUGAAAGUAGACUUUCUAAUGCCAAACAGCAUCAUCAUCGAGCACAAUGUCAGCACCAGUGUAUCCCUGGAAGAAAUUAAGGAGGAACUAUGGGAACGUGCAAGUGAGUUUCCCCUCUUUGGGACACUCCAUGACCUCUCAUCUUACCACUUCGCAUGUAUCAGUCAUCGUGCUGAAACUGUGGAGUUGAUGGAUGAAUCAAAGUGUCUUCAGGAGAUAAACCCUUUUAUGUGGAUGCUAAAAGUUGUUGAGAGGAAGGGCAAUGAAACUGAAAAAAUGCUCAAUCUGCAAAUUGGUCAAUUAAUUGGAAAGGAACUUCAGAAAUUUGAUGCUCUUAAAAACCCUGAGGUGAAUGAAUUUCGGUGGAAGAUGAAGGCAGUUUGUGAUGAAGUUGUAUCUGCAAGGAAUAAAUUAACAUGGUCAGAACAGGUCCAGUAUCAAUACCCAGCUCGUAUAGCUACAAAACUUGAACUACCCAAAUAUAUCACCGACAGAUUACAUGAUGACCAACUUUUACUGUCUGUCCAGUUUGAUACAUCAAUGGAGGUUCAGCGAACAUUCACCUUUCGUGUUUUACCCAGUGUUAAGACGAGAGAAUUUCUGAAUCUGGCUCUUGCAAAACUUUCCAUUACAUUUGUGAUGGAAGAACCUCCUGAAAAUUAUGUAUUGAAGACUCCUGGAAGAGAAGAGUAUCUAAUUGCUGAUGUACCACUUGUCCAAUAUAUGUAUAUACGUGAACUUGUGUGCCAUGAUGAAUUUUCGCCAAUACCUCUAGUCAUUGUUCAUCGAGGAACUAUUCAGGUAGACAUUGAGAAUAUAUAUGAAAGAAUUGAAGAUUUGGGAGUGAAGCACUUAAGAAACUCUUUCUCAGGAAUGACAUUAAGCAAGAAGAAAAAUGUAAAUUUUGUAUCAUCUUGGACAAUUGAAGAAGAUUUCAACUUUCAGAUUGGAACUAUCUCCAAUGUAGACCUUUAUACUGAAGACCAGGCUGUGGUGGUGAUUGAAGCUGGCCUAUACCAUGGGAGUCGAGCACUCUGUGAGACAAAAACCACACAAGAGGUCAGCAUAAGUGAUGGCUCAGGUAACGUGAAUGAAGGCCUUGUCUUCUCCAUUGCUGUAUGCAACAUUCCACGUAACGCACGCCUCUGCCUGGCCAUCUAUGAAGUCAGCCGUAGUGCCAAAGCCACUAAAGCACGGUCGUCAAUUGGCAAUAGACAGGAACUGUACAAAAACCCAUUGGCUUGGGGGAACACUGCUGUUUUUGACUAUAGGAAUCAGUUAAAGACAGGAGCAAUGUCUCUGUAUGCCUGGAAAAUAUGUGAGGACCAAAGUGGAGACGUUAUGCCCAAUCCCUUGGGUACACUAGUAAGCAAUCCAGACCAUGAUCAGGCAGUCACCCUUACUAUCUCCUUUCCACGCUUCAAUUCAUCCUCUAAUAUAAUAUUCCCAUCCAAGGACAAGAUUGUGUCUACUGCCAAGGAAAAUCCACAGAGUGAUGAGGGUACACCAACCUCAAGUGCAAUGGAGGAGAUUCGUCAAAUGGCAGAUCGAGAUCCUUUAACAGAGCUUCACGAGCAGGAACGAAAGUUAUUGUGGUCUUUGAGAAAUGUUUGUCGUACAGAACUUCCUCAUCUUCUCCCAAAGUUGUUACAGUGUGUUGAGUGGGACAACAAAGCAGAGGUAGCAGAAAUGAUCUCACUUUUGGAGGUUUGGCCAAAGCUAUCUCCAGACCGUGCCCUGGAACUACUAGAUUAUGCAUAUGCUGAACCUGCUGUCAGAAGUUUUGCCAUAGUGUGCCUAGAACAUAUCAGUGAUGACGACUUGCUGUUAUACCUGCUACAACUGGUACAGGCCCUCAAGCAUGAAAAUUAUCUCUACUGUCAUCUAGUGGAGUUUCUUCUAAGCCGUGCCUUGAGAAAUAUGCGUAUUGGUCAUUAUUUCUUUUGGCAUCUCAGGUCUGAGAUGUACGUGCCCUCUGUUUCCAUACGAUUUGGACUGAUCUUGGAAGCUUAUUGCCGUGGGUCUGUAGAACACAUGCGUAUUCUUCUACGACAGCUGGAUGCUCUUCAUAAAUUCAAAGAGGUGAGAGAGAUAGUAAAUGAAAAUCGGUCUGUGAGAGACAGAGCAGAGAAACUCAUGAGGGAAUAUAUGAAGAAGCCUCACACCAAAGCAGCCUUGUCACAUUUCCUUAACCCAAUUGAUCCAAUGUACAGGAUUAGCACUAUAAAGUCAGAUGAAUGCAAACCCAAGGACAGCAAAAUGGCUCCCCUAUGGCUAGUGUUUGAGAAUGGUGACCCCCAUGGCAAAAAUAUUUAUUUACUCUAUAAAUUUGGUGAUGACCUGCGACAAGACAUGCUGACGCUGCAGAUGAUCCGUGUUAUGGACAAAAUUUGGAAGGAUAAUGGAAUGGACCUUAGAAUGAGUCCCUACUCAUGUAUGUCUACUGACAAUCGGGAAGGCAUCAUUCAGGUUGUACUGAAUGCUGAAACUAUUGCUAAUAUUCAAAGACAAAAGGGAAUGUUCUCAGCAACUUGUGCAUUUAGAAAAGGAUCUCUGUUAGCCUGGUUGAAGGAUCACAACCCUACUGAGACAUUGCUCAACAAAGCAAUUCAUGAGUUUACACUGUCUUGUGCUGGCUACUGUGUUGCUACUUACGUCUUGGGUAUAGCUGAUCGCCACUCUGAUAACAUAAUGGUUAUGAAGAAUGGCCAACUUUUCCACAUUGACUUCGGCCACAUUCUGGGACACUUUAAGGAAAAGUUUGGUAUUAGACGUGAACGUCAACCAUUUGUCCUUACGCAUGACUUCAUCAAUGUCAUCACCAAGGGGAGACAGACACGCUCAGAAGAAUUUGAACAUUUUAAAGGGUAUUGUGAGAAGGCGUUCCUAAUUUUGCGGAAAUACGGCUCUUUUAUCAUUUCUCUUUUUGCUAUGAUGAUAUCUACUGGACUCCCUGAGCUUCAGAGUGAAAAAGAUCUCAACUAUUUAAAGGAAACUCUGAAACUGGACUUAUCAGAAGAUGAAGCCCGAGAUCACUUCCGUUCAAAGUUUGAUGAGGCUUUGUCCAACGCAUGGAAAACUUCUGUCAAUUGGGCUUUCCAUUCAGUGGCAAAGAAUAAUCGUUAAAAAGUAUCCAGGUCUAGUACUUUAUCUUUGGAUUUUGUUUGUUUGCUGCUAAUAUUACCUAUUAGCUCAUUGACUUUACCAACAAGAAGAAGUUACUCCAUUCUAGGGAGUUGUCCUUUCCUGUUAGAACACUGCUGGAGCUACAUUGUCACAAAGUGGAUUCUGUACAUGGCUGGAAUAUCUCUACAACAGUUAAUCACAAAAGUUAUAAUUGAAUGGCUUACAGUGUUACAGUUGACAGUAUUUGGCAAUAGUUUUGAUUUUUGUUUUUAAUAUUAUUUUCAUGUUAACACAAGUUGAUGCAAUACACUCAAUUAUUGUGCAUAAAUAAAAUUGGUAAUGACUUAUAUACUUUUGAAGAGUGGUAAUGAAAUAGUUUUAUUUGGGAAAUGAAG